CCAAAAUAAUCCAAAUUAAUUUUGUUUCUCAUCGGAAACGAUGGAAGAUGACGUAAUACAAAAUUACAAUUAAUAUAUGUGGGAAUAAAAUACGUUGUCCAAUUAAAUAGUAUAUUAUUAAAAAAAAGCCAUAUUCCAAAGAAGGGAUAUCUGAUUUUCUCUAUGAUCUAUUUUUUUCGGUGAUACGCAACGUAAUCUACGUAAUCUAUCCAUCUCUAAUCUAGAUGGUCUCGAAUGUGAUCACAAAUUUAAAAAAGACAUGCAUUGUGCUAUUUUUUCACGUGAGACUACAAAUAAUUAUAUAAAUUGCCUAUCUGUUGAAACUAUCAAUAACUACAAUUAAUAUCCAAAUAUCUAAAAUAACAAAACCAUAACAAGCAAUUCCAAAUAAAAGAAUACUUUCCCUUAUUUUCUAUUUUAAUAUUUAUUUUAGUGUUCAAUUCUAAAGAACCCUAUUUCAUAAAAAUGGGAUGUUGUGGAAGUAAAGAUGACGAUAGUAAGACAAACGAAAGUACUCGUCUAAUACCUCGUGACGGCUCCUCGGCAUAUGAAACACCGAGGAUGUCUUACCCACGUUAUGAUGCCACUGCCGAGCAGGAUGCACUGCAAAAGAUUGUUCAGCGAACAUCAGAGAACUUUAUUGAUAUAUCAAAUACAUAUGCUACUGAGCGUUUACAACAACAAGAUGCAAUAGAUCGUGCAAAUGAAUACAAAGACUUGUUAGGUUCAAUCAAGCUUGAUUCAAAGACUCUUCAAAAGAUACAAGAGAAGAGUAGCACAUUACCAAAGAUGCAUCAACGUAAAAAAUCUCGAACAUCACUGCAAUCUCAACAGGCUGCUUCACCCGAUAAACGGGGAGUUGCAAUGGAUUUACCUCCACAUGUAGUAUUGGGUGGUGGGUGUGUUACAGAAGAGGAUCAGAAAUGGCUAACGAAAGUUAUGGAAGAAAUACAAGAAGCUAUUGAACACAUUGAAGUUGAAUAUAUUGGUGAUUUAGUAGUUCCCUUGACGUGGGCUAAUUCUGCACCAAUUCAUGCUGUUCAUGGUUGAAAUCUUUUAAAUUAAUAAUUUAUAAACAUUUUAUUUUAUAUGGGAGUGGUGGAUUCUCCUUCCUCCCCUUUAAUUAUUUUAUUAAUUAUGAUCUUUAUGAUCUUUAUGAUUGAUUUUACAUUUUUUUUUUUUUGUAUUUCAUUGUUAUUCUUAAUUAACUUUUUGAAAGCAAAGAAAAUAUUUAAGGAAAAACUUUAUUUGUAUAUUAUAUUAAUAUCAUUAGGGAAGAAAUAUUUAUGGAACGAUAUAUUGCAAUAUAUGUUAGAGUUUUCUUGGGGUAUUUGAUGUGUUUGGUAUAUAAUUUAUUUUAUAAUCAUGUAAAUAUUG